UAUACCGUACCGUAGUUGUUUUUGCCUCUUCCGUGAUGUUUGCUUCCUCUUUUGGAUAAAUCGGAAAAAAAGGAGAUCCGACACGUUCAUGCUUUCAGAACUUCAGGAUAAGUACAAGUAAAUCCUGGCCUUGGGUUGGCUUGUCCAAAUAAAGUCACAGAUCUACAGCAGUACAUAGCAGAGGUAAUUGAGAAUGCAGAAUAUAAAGCUGUUGGUGGUUGGUGAUGGCGCUGUGGGGAAGAGCUGUCUUUUCAUCUCGUACACAACAAACAGCUUCCCAAAUGACUAUGUUCCUACUGUCUUUGAUAACUACUCGGCCAAUGUGAUGGUCAAUGGUGUACCUUAUAAUCUAGGGCUUUGGGACACAGCUGGUCAGGAAGAUUAUGAUCGCUUGAGACCUUUAUCCUACCCAGGGACUGAUAUCUUCCUUAUUUGCUAUUCAGUGGAUAGUAGGGCUUCCUUUGAAAAUGUUGAAGAAAAAUGGUACCCAGAACUAACCCAUUAUCUCCCUAACACACCAAUUCUUCUUGUUGCAACAAAGAUUGAUCUUCGUGGAUCAAACACUGGCGGACAGUUUGUUAGUUUUGAUGAAGGAGCUAGACUGGCAGCAAAAUUGAACUGUGGCUUUGCAGAGACCAGUGCACUCACGCAGAGUGGAUUGAAAGAAUGCUUUGAUAGAGCUAUUGAACUUGCUGCUAAUUAUUCAUCGAUGCAGAAGAAAAAAGGUUUCUUUUCAUUAGGGGGAAAGAGCAAGAAGGUCAUUCCUCUGCCUCCUGUUAUGCCUUCAACAGGACUUGCACCAUGGAUUGAAAUCAAGACAUCUACCUUGGGAACAGAUAUGUCUAGUAUCCUUGAUGACCCAUCUGAAACAGACGUAGUCUUCCAUUUAGACGAUGGCAAGAGUCAUUCAGCUCACAGAUUUGUUCUGUGUAGUGCAUCAGAUUUCUUCUGUAGGGUAUUUGAGCAGAAGCUACCAAAGGAUCAACAAGAGGACAGAGCGGUACGUGUUCCUGCCUUUACCUGGGAUGAGAUCAAUAGUGGCAGUAUUGCAGGUCUAUCUAGCAUCAAGCAAGCAGAAGAAGGGGUUGGGCACCAGAUCGAUGUUUGUCUCUCUGCUGAUAUCUCCUCACAGACAUUCAAACAUGUAUUGAGAUUCCUCUAUGCAGGUAUUCCUAACAUCGAUGAAGACACUCCAGAAACUGAAUUAGAAGCUCACUUGAAGGCAGCAGACACCUUCUAUCUUCCAAGACUGCGGGAAAUCAUCAAUAACAUCCAAAAUAGUGAGGAGUUUCUUAACCCCAGCAUUGGCACAUACCUUAAUGACCUUACAGGUCAGAGGUCAAAAGAAUUGUUCUUCAAGAAGCCUUUAUUUUCAGAUGUACAAUUUGAAGUGGAAGGUCAGACCCUAUAUGCUCACAAAGCCAUCUUGAAAGCUCGUUGUGCUGUCAUGGCAGGGAUGUUCAGUGGUGUCUUUGCAGAAAGUUCAACAAGUAAGAUUCCAAUUCUUGAAACCAGCAUGGAAUGUUUUACAGCAAUCUUAGAAUACAUUUAUACUGACCAUGCCCCUAUAGAGGAGGGUGAUGCUGUUGGUAUCUUAGUAACAGCUGAAAGGUUUGCUCAAGACAGACUCAAGAAUCUUUGUGAACUCUACAUCACCAAAGAAGUGGAUGUUAGUGUUAGAGAUCAGAUUGAGAAAGCAGAUAUUGAUGUCAUUGGUCUCCUUCACACAGCACAGUUCCACAAUGCUGAUCAGCUAUCAGCCUGGUGUCUUCAUUUCAUCUCAUCCAACUACCUAGCCUUUGAGAAACGUGAUGAAUUCUCUCAGUUAAAAGGAGACAAUCUGAAUCAUGUUACUGAGAAAAGAUGGCCACCCAUCUCUUAUCUAGAGGAGGUGGAGAUAUGGGAGUCUAAGUAUGGGGAGAAGAAGAAGAAAUCAGAUGAGAAAUGUUCUAUUAUGUGAUCAGAACAAAGGGGACUGAUACAGAGGCUGAAAUAAUGCCCAUCAUAGCUAUAGGGCUCAAAGUAUUUUUUAGAACAUUAUAUCACAUGUUAUCUCUUUGAGAGUUGGAUUUAAUUCAGAGUUCAGCAGAAUAAUCCAAUAUAAAAUUUAGAGGGAUUUUAGAAUUUAAUGGCAUUAGUAUAUAUAGCACAAUCAUUCAACCCUUAUGAAACAUGUUCAUAUCUACUUUACAUGUAUGACAAUUGAAACAACUUCAAACUCGAUAGAAGUCCUUGUGCAAGUAUGACUGGUUUUUACUCUUUCCUUUUUUCAUUCCCUUGUGGUACUGUCCUGUGUCAUUCCAUGAUAAAAUGACCAAUGAUUUCAUUUGUGACAUAAAAUAUGGCAUUCAUGCAGAAGUUAUAUCUCUAUUUAUGUUUUGUGUGACCUCUUCAAUUCAAUUCAAUUUUGGUUUAUUAGAUAUGAAAUAUGUACAAAAAAUACAAUGCUGUAGUCCGAUGACUAAUUGUGCAAUGUUUACGUUAAAAUAUGAUUUACAUUUGAAGAUUACCGGUAUAUGUACACUUAAAAUUAUCUAAGUUUGAAAGAGAAAACAGUUGAUUGAUUGAGACAUGUAUAGGUAUUCCAGCAAGCAAUGACUUGAUUUGUGACAUAAAUUAUGGCAUUCAUGCAUGUGUGCUUAAAGAAGUUACAGCUCUAUUUAUACAAUAUUUGUUCUGACCUCUUAUACAAGGUUAUUUGUUUUGGAAAUAUGUAUAGAUAUUCCAGCAAGCAUGAAAUAUAAUUUUCUAUUCUAUAUAUCUAGAAUUUUGCCUUUUUAUUGGUGAAAAGUAAAUCAUGUGAUUGUAGAUAAAACACAAAACAGUGUUCUGCUUUAAGCUGAUCUCUUGUGUUAACAGCUUUGAUCUUGUGAAUCUCAACAAACAUUAUAUUUUUGUAUUGCAUUGUGCUCUUCCUUUUGUAAAGUUGUGUUGCACUGUAUAUCCUAAUAGGAUAGCACUCUUAAAUAACUUAUAGUACAAAUUAUCCACAAACAUGAUUGCAGAAAACUAUGUAUGCAUGACAAGUAAGCUUGGUUGUUCCCAUGAAUAUUUGAUUUUCUUAGCUUUAGCUGAAUUUAAGUGUAUGAUUUCAGUUUAGGUGCCUUGACCUGAGAUUGAAACUUUGUCAUAUGUUUUAGUUUGAUUGAAUCAUUAUUUUUGUAUCCUUAAAAAAGUAUAUUUAAAAAAGCUUAACACUGAAUGAUAAGUUACUCAUAUAUAUUUAACUGGAUUAUUUUAAGGUGUGCUUAUAUCCCCUGUGAUGUAUAUUCAGAACUAAUCAUGUAUCAUCAUCAUGUACCUGAUAUUAUCUGUCCAUACUUGACAGAGUUUGCAUUCUACCCUAGAUGGAGAAAUCCUUGGUGGAUUAAUUUGUUAUUUUGUGCUGUUUUUAUUAAGGUGGACCUUAAACAUAUUAUUGAUCAAGAAGGACAUCUGUUUUUUUUUGCUACACUUAACUUAUGAUUGGGGAUGGCCAGUCCUAAUAAAAGUAUUAAGGAUCGUUCAGACAUCUGCAAAAAUAACAGCUAGGUUUUUUGUAUUUACAAAAUCAAUAGGGUAUGAGGCAUCGGACUAAGGUGUGUAUUGUGUGUUUAUUGCAUAUUUGCAAGGCGAUAUGUCACCAUAUGUUAACACUGAAAAAUCAAAUGCUGAGUAUUGUCUGUUUAUAUCUGAACAAGGUUUUGAGAUGAAGGUUCUACAAUGUUAUUUUAUUAAUCACAUGUACGCAAUAAUAGACAUUUUAGCAUUACCUUACAUUUGAUAUCUUUGAAACGGUCUAAGCAUCUGCAGCUAGCCCAUCAAAUGUGUUUUAGUGAUGACUGAUGGAAGAAAUAUGCAAAAAUAUGAACUUUAGCCAAAGUCUUGUCAUGCCAAGCUCUGAUGAUAUUCUUCAACUUUUAUUUGUCUCAUUUGUAUCCCUUAGUUGCAAUAAACCAGGCUUUGCACCAGAUAUUUAUAUUAGUGCAAUCAAAGUGACUAGAUAUCUUCACACCUUUAUUCACUACUGUUUUUGCAUUUAACAUUUAAAAUGUUUUUUACUACCUUUAGUUUUAUACAAAUUGUCUAUAUGAUACGGCUAGUAAUGUAAUAAUGAUCAUAAUACUCUAACAAGGUUUCAGUAAUAAGAGUCCAACAGAGAUUCCACAAAGUUUAGAAGAUAUAUAUGUAGAAAUGAAAUGAAGCCCAUUGUCCUUUUUUUUUCUUUUUAUUACUUUUUAUUAAGAAUGUACAGAUCAACUGAAUUCCAACAUUUGAAAUUUCUUAAAGAAAUAUUUAUUGUCUUAGAAUAAUUAUGCACAAUUUAUACAAAAAUAAACUAUUGCUUUAUUUUACACAAAUAUUCUCAUUUAAUAUGAAGAAAUGAUUUUCCUUACUUUUUUAAAUUUUCUUAGCUCUGGUCAUUGUUUCACAUGUUUUAUUGACUGUAGAGAAUAUAAAAACAGAUGAUUAUUCUUUACCUUUAGACAAUGCUAUGCAAAGUGAUAUAGAUAAUAAUCAGAAAUAUUGCAUACGCCAAAUAACCUAAAACAUUGUGUAAAAUGUAUGUACAUAUAUUAAUACUGCCACUGACACAUUGCCAAUUUGUGAUACUUAUUUGUUAACAUUUGUUUGUAAAUAAAUACCUGAGACACUUUCAA